CUUCAUAAGGGGCGCCUCUUCAGACACUACAGUAUUUUAUUCUUUAUUUCACAGAGGGAGCGCAGAAGCUGCAAGAAGGGCAGCGCGAAGUAACGGCAGGAACUUCUCAGCCGGUUGGUUUUGUACGUGAGGAGCAAGGAGGAGAACAUGAGAAAACUGUAAAGGCACAUAUGGAAGGGAAGCCUCAGAAACCGCUGGAAAUGAACGGGCAUAUGCCAGUGACACAUCCUUAUGACUACGAUCUCAUUGUCAUCGGUGGGGGCUCAGGUGGUCUGGCAGCUGCCAAGGAGGCUGCCAAAUAUGAAAAGAAAGUGAUGGUGCUGGACUUUGUCACGCCUACACCUCUGGGAAACUCAUGGGGUCUUGGAGGAACAUGUGUAAAUGUGGGCUGUAUACCUAAAAAACUGAUGCACCAGGCAGCUUUACUGGGACAAGCCUUGCAAGAUUCACGCAAAUUUGGGUGGCAGUUUACCGAAGAAGUCACACACAACUGGAUGACUGUGACAGAAUCUGUUCAGAAUCACAUUGGUUCACUCAACUGGGGCUAUCGGGUUGCACUGAGAGAGAAGAAUGUCACAUAUGAGAAUGCAUACGGAGAAUUUGUCGGGCCACACACAAUUAAGGCAACGAAUAAAAGGGGUGUUGAGAAGCUGUACACAGCUGAGAGAUUCCUCAUUGCCACCGGUGAGCGACCACGCUACCUAGGUAUACCUGGAGACAAGCAAUACUGCAUUAGCAGUGACGAUCUUUUCUCUCUGCCUUACUGUCCAGGGAAAACCCUGGUGGUCGGAGCCUCCUAUGUUGCCUUGGAAUGUGCAGGAUUCCUUGCAGGUCUUGGGUUAGAUGUCACUGUAAUGGUGAGAUCCAUCCUCUUAAGAGGGUUUGACCAGGAUAUUGCAAACAGAAUUGGUGAAUACAUGGAAGAACAUGGAAUCAAGUUUAUUCGGGAGUUUGUGCCAAUCAAGGUUGAGCAGAUUGAGGAAGGAGCUCCUGGAAGAUUGAAAGUUACAUCCAAGUCCACAGAUGGGAACCAAAUAAUUGAUGGGGAAUACAAUACUGUGUUGCUAGCAAUUGGAAGGGAUUCAUGCACAAGAAAUAUUGGUUUGGACAAAGUUGGAGUGAUGAUCAAUGAAAAAACAGGAAAAAUUCCCGUCAACGAUGAGGAGCAAACAAACGUGCCGUAUAUCUAUGCUGUUGGAGAUAUACUGCAGGACAAGCUGGAGCUCACACCAGUGGCAAUCCAGGCAGGAAGAUUGUUAGUUAAAAGGCUUUAUGCCGGGGCAACCACUAAGUGUGACUAUGUGAAUGUUCCAACCACCGUAUUCACUCCUUUGGAGUACGGAGCCUGUGGCUAUUCUGAAGAGGCUGCGGUGGAGAAGUUUGGGGAGGAAAACAUUGAGGUGUACCAUAGUAAUUUCUGGCCACUGGAAUGGACCGUGCCAUCCAGAGACAACAACAAAUGCUAUGCCAAGAUAAUUUGCAAUAUUCAAGAUAACGAGAGAGUCAUUGGUUUCCACGUCCUUGGUCCAAAUGCUGGAGAAGUCACCCAAGGGUUUGCAGCUGCUAUGAAAUGUGGGUUGACAAAAGAACAGCUGGACACCACCAUAGGAAUUCACCCUGUCUGUGCAGAGAUAUUCACCACCCUGUCUGUGACAAAGCGUUCUGGUGAAAGCAUCCUUCAAUCCGGAUGCUGAGGUUAAAGAUCCCCAUUCUUGUUAUUGCCAGAGACUGACUUUCAUC